AUGGCAGAAGCAUUGGGUGCCCUUUUUUCUCCAACACUAGAUGCACUUGAUCUAGCCCUCCCUUGGAACUAUAUCCCUAGCUUGGAAAGAAAAUCAAUCCUUUUAGCUCCCGUUCAUAGUUUUGCUACAGAUGAUACGCGAGGAAUCUUUUUAUGUUGGUUCUUCCUUCUAAUGAUCGGCAUAUCUAUGAUUCUUUGCUGCCAGAUGAAGCAGCAGGCAUCAGUCCAUAGAACCUAUAAAAAAGAGAUGGUUGUGGCGCGAAGUACUCUUGUGCACCUACGUCACUCGGCUCGCUCGUAACCCCGCCCCGUUAUGUUAUGGAAGAAUUGAACUUAUUGCUGGGCUGGUUAUUCAGAGCCAGCAAUUGGCUGCCGGAUUUUGCU